AUGCCUCAAUCCAGCUACUCUCAGAGCCUCACUUCUGCCUCUGAUACGAAUAUGCACACUGAAAGGUUUGUCCAUACAAUUUCUGAGGCAGGCCGGCUUCUCCCCUCAGCCAGCCGUUGGAACUCCAUAGAACUCGACUUCAAUCUCCUCCCUCAAUCUUCCACCGGAUUUGAUUCACUCCCUUCGCGAUUCUCUAAAUCCGUGGACUUCAAUCUUGUUAUCACCAAUAGAAAGUAUUUCAAGCGCUUUGUCUAUAUCUCGGUCUCCAUUGUUUUCCUUGUCACUCUACUCAUUCUAUUGUUACAAUUUUUGCCACACAAACAUCACCACCAUGGCGCUUCCCAGAACCUAACACAAGCACUAAGCCAAGCUCUUCUAUUCUUCGAUGCACAAAAGUCUGGGAUUUUCCCAAAGAACAGUUUGGUAUCAUUCCGUGGAGAUUCAGGUUUGGACGACGGGAACAUGAGCAACCCGCGCGCAAAUCUUGAGGGCGGCUUCUAUGAUUCGGGAAACAAUGUUAAGUUCAGCUUCCCUACAGCUUAUACUGUUACCCUCUUGAGCUGGACAGUGAUUGAAUAUCAUCAGAAGUAUGCUGAUAUAGGUGAGCUUGACCAUGUUAAGGACAUUAUCAGAUGGGGCAGUGACUACUUGCUCAAGCUUUUUGUUCCUCCAAAUGCAACUUCUGCUCAAACCAAUUUGUAUUCUCAGGUUGGAAGUACCAAUACUACAAUUGAAAACGACAUAAGCUGCUGGCAGAGACCGGAGGAUAUGAGCUACGCGAGGCCAGUUUCAAGUUGUGGUAGCACAGCUUCAGAUCUAGCCGGGGAAAUUGUUGCAGCAUUGUCGGCUGCAUCAUUAGUAUUCAAGGAAGAUAUAGAUUAUUCAGGAAAAUUAGCCGAAAAAGCAGAGACAUUGUUUGAACUUGUGACUAGGAAUGACUCACAUAUACAAGCAACAUACACUAGUGAUGCUUGUGGAGAACAAGCAAGACAGUUUUAUAAUUCAUCCGGCUAUAAAGACGAAUUGGUUUGGGGAGGAACAUGGUUGUUCUUGGCUACCGGGAACUAUAGUCAUCUUGGAAAUGCAACUGAUAUGUUUGCCUCAGCCGAUGAGGAUGAAAAAUUUUCCGAGAGAGGGAUUUUCAACUGGAAUUACAAGCUUACUGCUAAUUCACUCUUGCUGACACGACUUAGAUUUUUCCGCGAUCUUGGAUACCCGUAUGAAGCUGCUUUCACUUCAUCCUCAAACAGGACUGACUUGCUCAUGUGUUCAUAUCUUUCGGUUACUGAACAACACUUUACUAAAACAGAUGGUGGAUUGAUUCUCUUAAAUCCUGAUUCUGGUGCACCACUCCAGUACGCUGUGACGGCUUCUUUUCUGAGUAAAUUGUAUAGCGACUACCUUGACCUUCUGCGUAGAUCUGGUGGGAGUUGCAGCAGUACCACCGACUUCUCCCUGGACAUGUUGCGGAGCUUCUCCAAGUCGCAGGUUAACUACAUACUUGGAGAUAAUCCAAUGAAGAUGAGCUAUGUAGUGGGAUAUGGAGACCAGUAUCCGACUCAAGUUCAUCACAGGGCUGCGUCGAUCCCUUGGGAUGGUCAAAGGCAUUCCUGUGCACAAGGAGAAAGAUGGCGAAACUCAAAAGAUCCAAAUCCUAAUGUUCUUUUAGGAGCCAUGGUAGCAGGGCCAGACCAGAAUGACCUUUUCCUAGACAACAGGGACAAACCAUGGUUCACAGAGCCAAGCAUAUCGAGCAAUGCUGGUUUAGUCGCAGCACUCAUUGCACUUCAUGAUUAUCCUCGUCAUUCUUCUAAUUCGGCAAGCAUCAAAUUGGGCAUAGACAUGACCGGUAUCUUCCAAAAUGUCAAUCCAGUUGCUUCAGCUCCUUGA